CAAUAGCAGGGGAGCUCCAGAGCUGGCUGCAGCUUCACGCUCCAUUUGUCCUCCAUUCUCCCUUUAAGUAUUCCUGUAAUAUUAAUAAUCAUGAAUAACAACUAUGACGAGGUGGUGUAGAGAGGCAGAGGGAAGGGGUUUGAGAACAGUUUGAGUCUUGCCUUGGGUUGAAGAGGAUUGCAACAAGAGCUCUGGAAACAAAACAACAACAACAACAAAAAACAUUUUCAUUCGUUUUGGGGCAAUUGUUAAUGGAUAGUCCAGGAAAUACCUCAAGAUUUGUUAUUUCUACCUUCGAGUCUCUCUCGAUUGCUUCAUAAUUUUAUUGGUUUUGCUGUGAAUAGACAUUCUUCCAGAUGUUAGUCCAUACGUAUUCAUCCAUGGACCGACAUGAUGGCGUCCCCAGCCACAGUUCCAGGCUGUCCCAGCUGGGCUCAGUGUCGCAGGGACCUUACUCCAGCGCUCCCCCGCUCUCCCAUACUCCAUCCUCGGAUUUCCAGCCACCUUACUUUCCUCCUCCUUAUCAGCCUCUCCCAUACCACCAGAGCCAGGAUCCUUAUUCCCACGUCAACGACCCCUACUCCCUGAACCCUCUGCAUCAACCGCAACAACACCCCUGGGGGCAGAGACAGCGGCAAGAAGUUGGAUCAGAAGCCGGGUCUUUGCUGCCCCAGCCCAGGGCUUCCUUGUCCCAGCUCUCUGGACUGGACCCUAGACGGGACUAUCCCUCAGUCAGGCGUCCAGACGUUCUUCUUCAUUCCGUACACCAUGGGCUUGAUUCCGGCAUGGGGGACAGCCUGUCCCUUCACGGCAUUGGGCAUGCUGGAAUGGAAGACAUCCAGACAGUUGAAGACGCCAAUAACAGUGGCAUGAGUCUAUUGGACCAGUCAGUGAUUAAGAAAGUUCCAGGUCCCAGUAAGAGCGUCACUUCUAUUAUGAUGAGCAAGGAUGGUCUAAUUGGGGGGAUGGGAGUCAACACCAAUGAAGUGUUUUGUUCUGUACCUGGUCGCCUGUCCCUUCUUAGUUCGACUUCCAAAUACAAAGUGACCGUGGGCGAGGUUCAGAGACGACUCUCCCCGCCAGAAUGUUUGAAUGCAUCUUUAUUGGGCGGAGUUCUCAGGAGAGCAAAAUCGAAAAACGGUGGGAGAUCAUUGAGAGAAAAGCUAGAAAAAAUCGGUUUGAAUUUACCCGCAGGCAGGCGCAAAGCUGCAAAUGUCACGCUACUAACCUCACUAGUCGAAGGGGAAGCGGUGCAUUUAGCCAGGGAUUUUGGCUACAUGUGUGAAACUGAAUUUCCAGCUAAAGCUGUAUCGGAGUACUUAAAUAGACAACACACAGACCCCAAUGAGCUGCAUUCACGGAAAAACAUGAUCAUGGCAACAAAGCAACUUUGUAAGGAAUUUACAGACCUCCUGGCUCAGGACAGGACACCCUUGGGCAACAGCAGACCAAGCCCCAUCUUGGAACCAGGCAUCCAAAGCUGUUUAUCUCAUUUUAGCCUCAUCACUCAUGGCUUUGGGUCUCCCGCCAUCUGUGCUGCCCUCACCGCCCUCCAAAACUACCUGACAGAGGCCCUGAAAGGACUGGACAAGAUGUUUUUAAAUAACAACACCCCAAACAGGCACACUUCAGGGGAGGGACCUGGCUCCAAGUCUGGAGAUAAAGAAGAUAAACACAGGAAAUAAAAAAAUAAAAAAAUCCAAAUCAUUUAUAUUCUAGCUUUAAAAUAUUGCAAAUACUUGGAAAAGGAACAAUUUCAAGGAGGAAGAAAAAAGGAAGAAGAAAAAAGGAAGAAGAAACAGGCGCACAAGAGAACGACACCGUGGGUCAACAUCGGUAGCAAAGGAUUUCUUUUUCACCGUACAUUUUUAGAAACAGACGUUUAGCUGAUGAGUCAAACACUCCACAUUGUGACUUUGCCAAUAUAAAAAUAUCUAUUCUUUUGUAUUCCUGGGAUUCAAUUUGCCCAUUCUUCUUGCGGUUUUGGUUUUACACAGUUCUAAGGAUUUUUUUUCCCCUGACCUUUGACAUGUGCCAAGUUCCUAAUGUAUCAUAUUGUUUUUUCCCUCGAACCAUAUAACCUAUGGAUAUCUCACCUGUUCAAGACUAUAUUUUCUUUGAAUUUGUGGGACAGAUUUUUGUGUAACACUGUCCAUUGCCACGUAAUGAUUUUUCACCUUUUUCUAGAAUCAAUUGCCUUUGGAUAAACAAGGGUACAUUGAAUUCAGGUAUCAGUAUGGUGCUGAAUGUAUGGGUGUGUUUUCAUGAAAUCCACAUUGUACUAGUGAUAUCAUGACAUUGUAUCUGAUACUUAACCUACAGUACACUUGGCUUAAAAUGUUCUAAACUGAGAUACCCAUAAAUUGUUCCUGAGUAUUAAAAUUUUGGGAUGAGACAGCACUUGAUUAAAACAGAUUUGUAAAGUAAAUGAAGUGUAUACUUUAUGAUAUCGAAGAAAAUGUACCAUGACAGACUGACACAUUGCACAUGUACUGUAAUACCAAUAUUUAAUAUUUAACGUGAACGUACUUUAAUUCAUCGUCGAUUGACUACACUGUGGCACUUUUUAUUUUCAUUUUAAUGAUAGCAUGGAAAAAGGAAAAUCGUGCGACUUUCCUUUAUUGGUGAUAACAUCUUUAGAAUAGGUCACAGCCUGAUAUUAGUUGAUAUGGUUCCCUAAAAUAAUUCUGUGGAUAACUGAUAAUUAAAUGCUCCACACAUUUUGGCAUACUUGUGUAUAGUGUUUGGGGUUAAGAGACCGUCCAUGAAUAGAUUACAUUCCAAUAUCAUCUAUAUCAACAGCCAUAUUCACGAAAGCAUAUAUUAUAAUACUGAAAAAGUGUAAUAAUAAUAAUAAUAAUAAUAAUAAUAAUAAUUCCCUGUCUGGUUUCAAUAGAAUGCAUGCAUACGAAAAGUUACAAUAUAGGCCUAGUAGAUAUCUUGAUUUAUCACAGACCAUUAAACAAUAUAAAUUAUAUGUUAUAUUCAUCAUGUCUCCCCAAAAUGUCCACCUAUUAGAUGUAAACCAAGUACAUUUGUUUAUCCUUUUGUCAACAAAGUGUUAUUAACUACAGUAUUUAAAAUCGCAUAAUAAUUCAAAAACACUGAAGUUCUGUUUGAGUCAUUCCAACGUACCCUUAGUUAAGGUCAUUUAUAAUUACGGCUUACAGAAAACCCCUAAAUGGCUCAAACUGCGACACAAUGGGAGUUUGGAUCGACUCCAAACACAAGGUUCAAGGUGUAGAUUGGUUUUUGGAGCCCUGGCAGAUAAACUGAUAAACAUCUCGUGCUACCAUACAUUUUUAAACUGACAUUUUCAGUUAUGCGUUAUGGUCAUUCUUGUCUAUGCAUGUUAAAUUGCUUUUUAAAAGCUGGCACUUACCUACCCUUUUCUGCACCCAAGUAUAUAAUUAAAAGAUUAGGUAAAUUAAACCCGUCAUUAUUUUGGAAUCAAGUCAAAACAAAACUUCAGCUGGAAUCCCCUCUCACUGCACAUAGGUGUAUGGUUGGGUUGGCGAACUUCAUUUCUUCUGAAAAAAUAAUUUAUGUAGGGCUUACUAUCCAUAUAACCAAAUAAAUUAUACAUAAGAAUAAUCUUCACUCUUCCUCCAAACAUAAUUAUACAGAUGAACUAUAAUCAAUUUAAGUAUCAUAAGAUUAGUGCUGUGUUUGUUCUGACAGAAACUGAUGGCAAUCAUCCUUUCAAAUGUUUCACCGAAUCCAUAUAGCCUUGGUUAGUGGAUGGGGGUUUCAGCAGGAAAUAUAAAUACACUGAAUUGCUUAUGGAGAACCAGGGCUAUAGUUUCCAAAUAGAAUUUAUAUAGCCUUGUAUGAAAUAUUGACAAACAAGUCUUUAACGUCUCAUAAACAAGGUGUAAUGUGUUAUGUGCAAUUUAGUUUAAAAGAUAAAGGUAUCUGUCAAAAUUAGGGUAACCUAAUCUGUUUGUGCCAAAGUCCCAUUGUUUGCCAAUGCUGAAUUUCUAGAUUAUUAAUAUUAUUAUUAUUAUUAUUAUUAUUAUUAUUAUUAUUAUUAUUAUUAUUAUUAUUAUUAUUAUUAAAUGAAUCCCUGACAUGUUGAAAGAUAAUGUUUUACCAACUUGUUGUUUGUGAGUAGAAUUUACUCUUAUCUGGUCAUGCACUUUUCUCCAAGGCUCCAUUUUUUUUACAAUACACAGUGCCCAUUGGAAAGUUUAUACCUGGAAACGUACAGACAUAGUUAUCAGUAAUCACCUUUUGUACUCACAUUGCCCUUCCAUAAACGCAAAAAUAUAUUUGAUAUGUUUCUAUCUGAUUUGUUUACAUAUUUUGGAAUGCAAUGUAAUAUUAUUUAAACAACUGUAAAUGUUACACAUGUUUUUGUUAAAUUACUAAACCCUUCACAAUAUGCCAGAAUAUAUUCCUUAAAGAAUAUAUUGAUCAAUUUCUUGACCUACGGUGAUAUUCAAUAUUUGUUUAUUCCGAUCUACAGUGGGAGUAAUUUUAAGGAGGGGAGGGGGGUGUUAGUGUUCAUGUCUGUAUAUAUUUAUUUAUGCUUAAUUUAAUGGGAAUUUGUAAAUAUGGUGAGCAAGUAGUUUGGGUUAUUUAUCUGUGAUUAUACUUCUGUGAGUGGGUGAAAAAGCUUGACUUUAGAUAGCAUCUUAUAUGAUUUUGUUUUUCUGUUCUAUAGACCAUUUGUUAUGGUGAUGGGUAGAAAUUGGUUCUUGUCCAGUGAUGAUCUCAUUUAUAUAAACAAUAAACUUUGUGUUUUGUUGUA